ACUACAGCACGGUAAAAAACCUGUGUGUUAUUCAUUUCUUAUUUGAAUAUAUUUUUUUUUUUACAUAUUUUUUUCUACUCAAAUCAAAUUAUUAUUCGCAAUCUAUCAAAGUAAAUAAAAAAACAAAAAUCUAAUCUUUAUUCAGAGAUAAAAAAAAAACAAACAAACAAAAUAAGAAAGACAAAAAUUAGAUGAAAUGUAUUAAAUGUGUCUGAUAACAAGAACAAAAGAUACAAAGUGCACAUUAUUAUUUUUAUUAUUGGUUUAAAGAAGAAAAAGUCUUCAACUUUUUUCUCGAAACAAUCGGACAACAAAUCAUAAAGCAUGACUUCGUAUGUGCGAACGUUGUACGAAUUCAUUGGUGAACCGGGAACAUCGGAAAUUUCCAUUAGUCCUGGUGACAUCUUGACUGUUUUGCGCACAGAUGUCGGCGAAGGUUGGUGGGAGGGUAAAAACCCUGCUGGCCAAACUGGCCUUUUUCCAGCCGGUUAUGUGGAAGUGAUGUCAGCAACUGAAGUUGCACAGCAAUUUAAUGGAGGAGUAUCGUCGGGUGGGAGUGCUCCCGCUCCCGCUUCAACAACAACAACAACACAAGCUCCACGAUAUGAUCAAACAGCUGAUGAUUUCAACGAAGGUGAUGAUUGGGAAGACGAUUGGGAUGAUGACAACGAAACUUAUUCAGAAAUUGGACCAUCUUCAGGUGGCAAUCAUGUUUCUGGCUCAAGCAAACACACUGGCUAUGGUCUAUCGCAUUCGGGUAGUAGCUAUGAUAAUAAGAAUUUACCAGCUGCACCUGCAGAUGAUACAAUAUCUUUAUCAUCGACACAUCCUAGUGCAGCCACAACGACUGUUAAGAAAUCAGGAAUGUUUGCAAAAAGCUCGGAUUCGUAUAUUCUUGGACUGAGUAAUAAGGAGAAAUUAGCUGAUAGCGAUAUUGUUUAUGUUAUGCAAACGGAUACAUUCUAUCAUUGGCAACCGAAUACUCAACCGUAUACGGUUCGUGUUGCAAGUCCAAAGAAGGAGACCAAGUUUAAAGGGAUGAAGAGUUUUAUUGCAUAUCAAUUGACACCGAGUUUUAAUAAUAUUUCGGUCUCUCGACGUUACAAACACUUUGACUGGCUACAUGAAAGACUUGUUGACAAAUUUUGCCUCAUUCCCAUUCCACCACUGCCCGACAAGCAAAUCUCUGGACGUUAUGAAGAUCAAUUUGUCGAGCAUCGUCGUGUUCAAUUGCAAGAAUUCGUCGAUUGGGUUUGCCGACAUCCUGUUCUAUCGAAAUGCGAAGUCUGGUAUCAUUUCCUCACAUGUACCGAUGAUAAAAUAUGGAAAUCUGGCAAGCGGCGUGCCGAACGUGACACUUACGUUGGCGUAACUUAUUGUUGGGCGAUAUAUGCCCCCGAAAAAACACUUCUCACCUCCUUUGUGGACUCACAGUUGGAAAGUUGUGCCAAUUUUUCACAUUUAAUGGACGGUGCUGUGAAGAAUCUACUGACUAUUGCAUCCGAACAAACGAAACGUAAUCAAAUUCAAUCGAAAAAAGAUUUCCAACGGAUUGGGGAUGGGUUGUCUGACUUAGCAAAGGCUUUGAAUGUUGACGAGAGGCGUGUACCGCCCAGUGGUCAUUCUUUGGCAGAAAGUGUUGGACGUGUGGGAGGAUUGUUUAUACAUAUUGGUCAGUUAUUUGGUGAACAGCCGCGACUCGAUUGGAUUCCACUUUCAGAUCGACUUCAUAUUUAUCGAGGAGUAUUGAACAGUUUUCCUGAUAUUCUGUCAACCCACAAAGGUGCAGUUCAGAAAAGAAAAGAUUGCGAACGUCUGGUAGCUGAUCAAAAGAUGGGAAAUCAACAAUUGGCCGAAGUAAAUCGUCGAGUUGAUGUCAUGUCGUAUGCGGUAAUGGCAGAAAUGACUCAUUUCCGUGAAGAGAGAGACAAACACUUAAAGGAAACACUUAAGGACUUUGUUGAAGAACAAAUUAAAUUUUAUUCCAAUAUUGUAGCUCGGCUACAAGAAGCUCAUCAGCAAUUUUUCUAAAAACACUAAAAAAAAACUAAAAUAGCAGCUUUUUAUUUUGUUUUUUUUUUUUUUCUUAUUUUCAUUUUCAUUUUCUCUUCUCUCUCUUUUUUGUGUCUGUCUUAUGUAAUUUUUAUUAAAAAUGUGUUUCAAAGGACACACAAAACACAUUACCAAGAAAAUUUGUAAUUUAUGUCUCUGCAAACUGUGUCAGCUUAAGAAGCAUUAAUUCUUAUCAUUAUUUUUGUCUUGUUUGUUACAAUUUAUUCUCAUUUAAAUAAAAAAAAGAGUCAUUCCCAAUGUUUUUUUUUAACGUGAUUGUUGUCUUUAUCAUUUUUUGUAUGUUUCAAAUAUAUUUCAAAAUAGUAAUUUUGCAUAGCUUAAAUGUUUAUUUCAAAACCAAUCUUAUUGUCUUAAAAAAAAAAAACUAAUUUUAAUCAAAUGCAUAAUAAUUAUAUAUACACAACAAAAUGCUUUCGAAGUAGUUUAC